CUUCACCUUCUUCAUUCAACAUAAUUAUCCCUUGAAUGCAGGAACCCGAUUUCAUUUUUACAAAGAAUCCUGAAUCAACGCAGAUCCUCAACUGCUGUGUUGAAAUAGCAUAGCAAGUUAUUAUAAACGGUAAAUAAUUAUCAUAAAUGGAGGAACCAAUCCAUGUUACCUUAUUCUUUUGUUUCAUCUUCCUCUUUGUUCACAUUUUAUAUUCUGAGUUUGAGAUAAUUAAUUUGCUUUAUUGCUACCAAAAAGUGCUACAAAUCAAACCCUUUCUUCUGAUAUAGAAAAUAUGAGAGAAGAAAAGGAAGCAAAUACCAGUGACAGUGAUGCUGAUAUGAUAGCACAGUUGCCAGACCACAUUUUGGAUAACCUACUUUUCUUCUUACCAACUGCUGAUGCUGCUGUCAUGGCCACUGUCUCCAAGUAUUGGCUUAACUUAUGGAAUUCAUUCAUCACAGUGCAUUUUUCCUUCAAUGAAACCACUCAGGGACUUCAAAGCCUUUUGCCAACCUUUUUGCCUUGUGUUAAAGAUUCUCUGAACUUUCUGGGAUCACCUGAAGAGAAUCCAGUCAUUCACAGCUUUGUAUUGAACAUGCAUUUUUCCAAACAAAGACGACAAUUUCAUCACACGCAUAAUAUGCUUUACAUCUCCAAAAUAUCCACUUGUCUAGAUGAUUGGAUCAGUUUACUGCUGCAAAAUGAUGUCAAGCAUGUAAAAAUCAGAUUUUCAAACAUGAUAUACUAUGUGCCGCCAGAUAUCUUUUGGGGAACAUUGUUUCUCACAGUGCAUGUGGAGGGUUGUCAUAUCAUAGGAGAUCCUAUAUUUUGCACUGGUAAUUCAUCCUUUAAUUGCCUCACAGAGUUGGUUUUAGUGAGUGUUCAAACUUGUACUUAUACGGUUCAUAAGAUUCUAUCUUACUCCCCCUUGCUUGAGAAAGUUGUUCUCAGAAAUCUUAGUAAAAUGGACUACCUUGUGAUUUGCAACCUUCCCAGGCUUAGUCAUGUUGAAGUUGAGCAAGCACUUGAGCACAAGAUUGAGAUUAGAGCACCAAAUCUUAGUACUCUCAUCUUAAAGUUGUAUGGAUCAAUUGAAGGGUUUUUUUCUGAAAGUUUCACAGGGGGUGUCAACUUCGGAUCAAAAAAAAUUGCUUUUGAACAUGCCAUGUUGAAGACUUUGAAACUGUGUUUCACCUCAUGUGCUAGGGUAAAGGUUGCUUGUUCUAAUCUUAGAACUAUGUCCUUGUCAAACGAGGGUUCUGAAAUUCCACUGGAUGUUGAGGUUGAUGCUCCAAAACUUGAGCAGCUUGAUUAUGAUGGUUAUGUUAUUCCAUCUUUCCAUGGUGUGACAUCUCUUCUGAAGCCAAUAGUCACACUGAAGCUAAUUCUUGGAGGUUGCCCUGGUUUGGAUGUUGCAGCCAGGAGUUGCAUUGAGAUGUUCAACCAACCAACACUGCAUUUAAUUUAUAUUUAUAGAGGGUUCUUCAAAGCACAGGAGAUUCUGUGGCCAGGACAAGUAUAACAAAUGGAGGUUACUUCUCCACCACCUAAAGUAAAAUGUCUUACAUGGUUUAUCAAAUUCUCAACACCAUCAUUUGCUUUCCAACUCCUUUUAGAUGGUUCACUUUGCAACUGUCAUCCUAGUGUUCUACGUGUAAAAGCACUUCCCUCAAAUUGGGAAUUCAUGGAGUUCUUGUGUCAUGAAUUACUUAACAGAGAAGAAAAUCCAUCCUGCUGUAAAGAUGAACCUAAGUUCAGAUGCUGGAGACAUUACUUAAAGAGUGUUGAUGUUCAGAUUCAAAGCCAGUCUGAAACUGAAAAGCCAGAGACAAUCAGAGGCAAAGAUUUGAAGAAAACAUUGAACCGUAUUACCACCUCAGAGGAGGUUCAGUUUAACAUGAACUGGUCGCGUGAUUUAGUAUGAAGUCAUCCCUUUUCCUUUUGUUAUUGUGCGGGAUUUCUUCAAACUCUCUUCAUUCAGCAAGUAGAUAAAUUUUCAUUAGAAAGGUAGUAAUGUGGAAAUAAAAAUUUUACUUCUCCAAAAUGAUUACACUUUACAAAGUAAAGCAGGAUAUCCUAAUUAUUGAUUAGUAAAGUGGCUAAAGGGUGAGCAUUUUCAUAGAAAACUUGAACUAUGGUGAUACAGUUAGCUUAUCUGUUCAAACUUUUGACAUGUAUAAGGCCUCAACU